UCCUUAAUUUAAAUGUUAAAAGCAUUUGGUUCGGAGCGAAACGCUUCGCUAUAUGUUAUUAGAUAGAAAGAUGAAACGCUUGGCGAUGUUCUGUUUGUUUAUGCCUUUGCUGUGGAAUGCCCGUGUUCGCGGUCAAUCAGGGGCUCUUCCUCUUCCUGUAGGCUUGCAGCCUGUUGAAGUUCCACAAUGCCGCAAUUACUACAAUUUCACUUCAUUUACAAUGGCAAACAUGCUCAAUCAUACAUCGCAAACCGAAGCCAUCACAGAAAUGUCCCGUUUCUCACCACUCAUUGCUACUUUUUGCCAUCCAAAUGUUAUCUAUUUGAUGUGCUUGGUGCACAUUCCACGCUACGAUGUUGGCCGCGGAAUACAGCCGGCUUGCAGGUCGCUUUGCGAGGAAGUCUACAACGCUUGUAACUACGCGAUGGAACAAUUGUAUUUCUAUUGGCCUGAUAAAAUAUCAUGCCAAAAAUUUAACACAAGCAACACUUCAAUGUGUAUAUCAAACAAUACAAGAUUGCGUUCGCCACGUCAAGCUCCAAAAAAUUGUUCUCUGACCAUUAACGAAGGUGGAACGCCCAUUUGCUCCUCCAUCAAUAACAUGAACGGUUCAGAUAAGUACUUCCAAACAGUCAACAAGCCAUUUACUAACUACUUUAAUCACAGCAGUCAACAACAAGCCAUUUACGAGUUAAGCUUGCACACGAAACUUGUGCAUCUUCUGAUACUUCAACAGGAAGUUCCCGAAACUCCCAGUAUUGUUAGCCAAUGCUUAAACGAGAUUCGAUUUCUUUUAUGUAAUCUGUAUUUACCCAAUUGUGGUGUCAGUGUGUCUUCUGAUUAUCCUAUCACGGCAAGCCAAUGUAACGAAACUUUAAAUCGUGUUUGUCCCGUUGCCAUUGGAUAUCUUCGUCAACAAGGAUACGUAAUAAAAUGGCCAACAAUCAAUGUUGACUGUGAUAACUUCAAUACAUCAUUGUCAAAUAGUCGUGGUCGAGAUCCAAUGUACCAAGCAAUAUACCAGCGAUCCUUUGGAGGUCUGUCACCUCCUCCACCCUCUAUAAGAUUUACCUCUUCUGGAAAUUCCGUGCAAUUUAAUUGGAACAGAUUUCCUGAUAACUUUAAAUAUGAUAGCAGCGUAUCUACGUACAUUCUUUAUAAGGAAAGAGAAGACAGGAAUACUUCAUAUGCUCUUGCUCGUUUGUCAGAGACAAAUCUUACAUUUGAAACAACUAUUCCUUUUAACACUCAAUAUGACUUUUUCAUCGGUUCUGUAAAUAGCAGAGUCAAAAUCUUGGGUAGCCUUGAGAGAUUCAAAUUACAGUUGGACAAGAUUCAAAAUAUACCAAUCAAAUUCUGUUCAGACGAUUAUAACUAUACAAAACUACCAAAUAUAUUUGGUCAUGCCAACGAAAAUGAGACCAUUUUGUCGUUCUACCAAUUUGGACCAUUGCUAGAUACAGGAUGCUCCUCCGAUUUGAAACUUCUUCUCUGUGCUGCACAUUUCCCACGUUAUUUUGCAAGAAAUCGAACACUUUUACAACCAUGUCCAUCGUUGUGCAAGAACGUUGUGAAGUCCUGUUCCUAUGCAAUAAAUGAAUUAAAAUUUAAAUGGCCAGUGGAGCUGAAUUGCACUAACUUGACGAAAACAGUACCGUGUCUUUAUCCAAAUUCAAACUUGCCUCCACUAAAGGUGAAUGACUCCUGCCAGUUUGUCGGAGAGCAGCACAUUUGUUCUGUGUUUCGGAGGAGAAGUAAUCGCUCGAUUCCAUAUUUUAAUUCAGUGGACAGACACUUUCGCAAUUUUUUUGGUCACGCGUCCGUUGAACAAGCUGUAUACGAAUUGAAUAAGCAUAACAAGUUUUUUAGUUUACUGUCAAGAUUGCACAAAGAUAAUUUUAUUUCCUCGCAAAAUUACGAUCGUUGCUAUGAAGGCCUCGCUGACAUAUUAUGUCGCCUGUACUUGCCAGUUUGCCAGCAAAGUUAUCGUGUACGCAGAAGCGACUGCUUGAAUUAUUUUGGAAGUCAAUUUCAUUUUUGUCAAUUUGCCCUAACGAUGAUUGAACAACGCUAUUUUUAUACUGUUCAAUGGCCACCUGUUCAAGUGAAUUGUGAUUCAUUAAACGAGAAUGUUACUUCGACUAUUAGUAUCUACGAUCGCCAAAAUCGCCAAGAAAAAUUGCCCCCACCUUUGAAUGCACAUUACGAAACAACAGGAAGAAUGAGAGUAUCUUUAAAUUGGUUGCAGUCAUCGUUUGCAAGGAGUGCAAACGCUGUAAUUUUCCUUUAUAAGCCAAUGAUUGAAACUGCAGCGACUUACGCUCAACAUCUGCACAGAACAACAACUGCACCAACUUCCCCUUUAUCACUGAUCUUGCGUAACAAUCACGAUGUGUUUUUAGCGUAUGUCAAUACUGAAACUGGAGCACUAGGAUAUUUUCAAAGAGUAGUUUAUGUUCUGGAUCACAAUUUGUACCAACUUACAUCCAGUUUAUACCCGUGCCACGAAUAUUACCGUCAGUAUCUAUUACCAAAUAGAUUUAACGACAGAAACCUAAAUGCUAUUAGACAAAGACUUUAUCCUUUUUAUCCCCUGAGAUACACAUUGUGCAGCGAAUAUUUAGUGCCCUUCCUCUGCUCGGUUGUGGUGCCCAUGUACAAUUUGGGAAAGAGACCAGCAUGUCGCUCGAGCUGUGAAAAAGUCUUUCGAGAGUGUUCUUAUGCCAGGAGGCGCUUGAACUUUUUGUGGCCUCGUGAGUGGAGGUGCAGUCAAUUUACAGAGAGAAGCUGCUUUAAUUCGACGUCUGCAGUAAGAAAUCGUAGAAUUGAAAACAUUGAAUCUGCACUCAGGAAAAAGCGAUCCGCUGAACAAUGCAAGCCCACCACAACGAAAAUGUGCCUUGAUAUCAUGGCCGUCUUUAAUGAUCGCAGAAGAGUUGCCAUUUUCAAAUCAACAUCCGCAACCAAACCUUUAAAUUAUUUCAACCACUCGUCGACUGAAGAGGCCAUCUUUGAAUUAAGUCGAUAUUUGCCAUUGCUUAGCACUUUGAGAGAAUUUAACCGAGCUUGCUUUGACGCCAUGACAGUUUUAUUAUGUCAUCUUCAUUUACCAGCUUGCCCACGAUUAACUCUCUCUGUCAGUUACUGUCAGAGAUUUAUGAGAGCUUGCUCUUCGCGGCCGUUUCCUUUCAUCCGACAAACUAUGGAACCACGUUACCUCUUAUAUCCGCAAGUAAAUUGUAGUGAUGAGAAUUGGUUUUCUGUCAACAGUACUUCGAUACAAACCUACACAAUACCACGUUUUGCAAACUAUCCUGCUCCACCACCAAAUAAUCCCAUGAUAUCCUCGACGUCCUCCAACGCUUUAACCGUCAGCUACUCGCCACCUCCAAUUCUUUCUCGGAAUGUUGCAGUCUGCGUGUUGUAUCGACAAAAUUCAUCAAACGAAAAUUUUUUGUUUCUUCAAAGUAAUAAUGGUAGACAGUUGGUCAUUGAGAAAUUAACGAGCAGCGUUGUGUAUGAAUUGAAAGUAGCAACAUUAGAUGGUGUGGCAAGUAUUCCUGGACCUUUUCUUACAUUGACACAGAGGACACUUGAUGCUGGUGUUGUUGAUAUGCCACGUUUCUUUGAUCCUUGCUAUAACUACUACAGAAAAGCUUUGCUUCCAAACAUGUAUGGAGACAGAACCUUUGAACAAGCUAGAGAAAGAUUUUUUCCAUUUUAUCCACUUGUGAACACAUUUUGUUCAAGUGAAUUGGAAGCUUUUUUAUGUUCAGUACUUUUGCCCCGCUACGAUCCAGUUACGUACAGAGGUCAGAAGCCAUGUCGUGCUACAUGCAAACAGGUGUACAGAAGUUGCACGUUCGCUAUUAGCCACUCGAAAUUCUACUGGCCUUCGGAAAUGAAAUGCGAAAAUUUUAACGAUACAUUUUGCUAUAAUCUUACAAAAGAAGUUGAAGUUGUCCCAGUUACACCGUCGACGACUCCGUUCAUAGUUCCCCAGCGACGUCGAAGAGCAACAAGGGUAAACGAAAGUUGCAUAACUACUCCAUUUACUCCUAUUUGCUCAAUAGUAUCCGAGACUACAAGAGAUGAGGAUGUGCAGCAAACAAACAGGACGUAUUUCUCAAGAACAAUUAAUCCCUUCUCCAACUAUUUUGGACACAAUUCUACAGAUGAGGCUGUGUACAAAUUGAGUAGCUUUUCCACAUUUUAA